AAUCAUCGAUUAUUAAUGUAUUUACCCACAAGUCCUACAAGAAUACAACCACGUCUCCGUUUUGUGUUGCAGGGCACGGGCUACCUGAAGCGGGCCAAGACUGAGCAGCUGCGAGAGAUCUUCAACAAGUAUGCCUCCGUUGAAAAGCAUGGGGAGAAGUACAUGACUGCAAAGGACUUUGUGAGGAAUUACCUUGGACUCUACACUGAACCCAACUUCAACCCAUCCUCCAUCACGCUCUUGGGCGGCAUUCUCGACACCAGCAAGGAUGGACUCAUCUCCUUUGCUGAGUUCCAUGCCUUUGAGGGCCUGCUCUGUGUGCCUGAUGCUCUCUACAAGACUGCCUUUCAGCUGUUUGAUACUAAGGGAACUGGAAUGGUUACUUUUGAGGAAUUUAUGGAGGUGAUAAAACAAACAACGCUGCAUCAGAGAGUGCCCUUCAACUUUGAGAGUGACUUCGUUAAGAUGUAUUUUGGCAAGGAUAGAAAUCGUUCUGUCAACUAUGUGGAGUUCAGCCAGUUCCUACAUGACUUUCACGAGGAACAUGCCGUUCAAGCUUUCAAGUCCUUUGACAAGGAGGGGACUGGCUUCAUCACAGCCAUGGAUUUCAAUGACAUCAUGUUGAAUAUCAAGUCGCAUCUUCUGACACUUCCUGUGCAAAAUAAUCUUGUUGCAGCUGCUUCUAGCCAUAAAGUGAGUUUCCCAUUCUUCAUGGCUUUCAAUUCCUUGCUCACAAAUAUGGAGCUGUCAAAGCGUAUCUAUCUCAAUGCCUCGGGUGGAUCACGUACACAGGAAGUUACAAAAGAGGAAUUCCUGCAUUCAGCUCAGAUGAUGUCGCAGAUCACACCCCUAGAAGUGGAGAUUCUCUUCCACCUGACAGAAUUAAUCAGCGAGAGCUCUGGGAAAAUUGUGUACAGUGACUUGGAAGCCCUAACUCCUGAGCAGUACAUGAAGGUGAUCACACGUAAACUGACUGACAUCAAAGCUGUCCAUAGUCCAGAGCAGCGUGGAGCAUUGAUCCAGGUGCUUGAACAAGUGUACAGGUUCACUCUUGGUUCACUGGCUGGUGCUGUUGGUGCUACUGCUGUGUAUCCAAUUGACUUGGUGAAAACAAGAAUGCAGAAUCAACGUACUGGUUCCUACAUCGGUGAAUUGAUGUACCGUAAUUCCUUUGAUUGUUUCAAGAAGGUGAUUCGUCAUGAAGGCGUCAUGGGCUUGUAUCGUGGCUUGGUGCCUCAGCUGAUUGGUGUAGCCCCUGAAAAGGCUAUUAAGCUCACUAUGAAUGAUUUGGUCCGUGACAAGUUGACGGAUAAGAAGGGAAAUAUUACCUUUCCUAGUGAAAUGUUUGCUGGUGCUUGUGCUGGUGGGUCUCAGGUGAUCUUCACCAAUCCUCUUGAAAUUGUAAAGAUUCGUUUACAAGUCGCCGGAGAAAUUGCAACAGUGAAGAAAAUAUCAGCAGUUUCUGUAAUCAAGGAGUUAGGAUUUCUUGGACUGUACAAGGGAGCGCGUGCUUGUUUCCUGCGAGACAUACCAUUUUCUGCUAUUUACUUCCCUGUCUAUGCACAUUCGAAACAAUUACUUGCUGAUGAAAAUGGUUAUAAUUCACCAUUAACACUGCUGGUUGCUGGUGCUAUUGGUGGUGUCCCUGCAGCCUCUCUGACAACACCAGCUGAUGUCAUUAAGACACGCUUGCAAGUAGCAGCUCGAGCUGGCCAAACAACCUAUACAGGGGUGUUUGAUGCAGCAAGAAAAAUUUUCAGAGAGGAAGGUGGCAAAGCCUUCUGGAAGGGAGCACCAGCUCGUGUGUUCAGGUCAUCCCCACAGUUUGGUGUUACACUGGUGACCUAUGAAGUUUUGCAGAGACUCUUCUAUGUUGACUUUGGUGGCAGUCGUCCAAAGGGCUCAGAGGCCCAGCUUCCUGCCUCAGCUGCAGAUCUGCGUUCUACCAACCCAGACCAUGUUGGAGGGUACAAGGUUGCCGUUCCUAUCUUCAGAGGCAUUGAAUCAAAGUUUGGCCUCUUCCUUCCUCGUUUCGCGUGAGAGGAGAAAGAGAGAUAUUGUGUAUAUUUUGGGGUGUAGUUAAUUAUUUUUUAGAAUUUUGUGCUCUGAUUUUACUAUUUAUUUUAUAUAAAUGAUGAUUUAAAGAAAGAAAGAAAAGUAUAAUUCCUUUUAAAUAUUUCCUGUUUUAAUAUUUAUCACAUGUUCUUUAGUAGUGAAUUUUAUGAAGUCUGGAAAUAGCAUGUUAUGUUCAUGAUGUGUAUAUAUAUGCAUAAUGUUUGUUUUUUCCUUGUUUUCAUACUCACUAAAAAUAAAAUUUCAGAAAAUGUGGUUCAGAUCAAGUAACACAUUUUAAUUUAAUUUAACACAUUUAAUUUGUGAGAUGUCAUUCACAUUGUAGAAGGAAGAAAAGAGCAAAUGUUGGAUGUUUUCCAUCCAUGUAAUCUGAUAAAUGUAAAAAAUGUAAGAGAUUUUGAAAUGGAAGACUCAAAGAAAAAAAAAUAUUUUUUUCUUUAUUCCUUAUAACAACAGGAACUGAAAUGAACUCAGUAGCACCUCUAUGUGAUUCAUAUGUACAGGGUAGUGUCAAACUAGUUGAACUUUUCCUUUCAUUUUCAUAGGACAGUAUAAAAAUGCAAUAGAAAACCAAAAGCUUGUUCCACUCUGAAGUGUGCAUGCGCUCUCAGAGUAUUUGUAUAGGUCAGUUAACAAGCCUGGGUUUGAGUUUCAUGUGUGAUCAAAUAUGUCACUAGCAAUGUAAAUAGGGUUUUGUGCUGUGACCCACUUAUAUAAAAUAGAUAUCCAAUUACCUUUGAAACUAACUAAAGUUGUUAUCUGAAUUGCCUUUUACGUAAAUACAUUUAGCCUUCACUAGUAGAGGUAGGCUUCAUACCUGAAUUUCAAUAGAUUGUUAUGAAUGUAUAUUAAUAAGAUCUCCCAAGGCAUGUGUGAUAACAGCAGGCUUUGAAGCCCAUGAAAAAGGAUAUAUUGGUACAUGUAAGAGAUUGGUUUUGCCAUCUUUCAUACUGGAUAUCUCUGACUUGAACCAUGAAUAUGUUAAACACUAAAGAUUUGAUUAAGAUCUAUUUAUUUUUAUUCUCUUAGCUCUUCAGAUAUGCUGCAAUUUGACCUGUGGAUAUAGAGCACACUGUAGUAUUGAAGUCUCAAUAGAAAAUGUAUAUGACCUUAACUAUGGCAAUAAUCUGUAGAUUAAAAUAAAAUCAAUGGCAACUCGUGUACAGCUGCAUUUGUAUAAAAAGUUAUCUAUUGAUAAAGGACCUACAGGUGCAGACUUUGAGAAAAGAAUAGGCCUCAAACCACACCGAUCAUGUUACACUGAAGAGCAUAUGUGAAGGAGAUAUGAGAUUUGAAUAGAAUCUAACAGAAUACCUUUGCACAUUUUUCUUUACAUUAAUUGGAGGUUCUGUAAAAUCAGAAGGCACAAACAGCCCAAAAAAAGAAACAAAGAAAAAAUAUAUACAACAAUAAUUGUCACAUAAGGAAAAAUUGUAAAAUAACAAAAAGAUUAUAAUAAUGAUAAUAAUAAUGAUAAUAAAAAUGUUGAUGAUAAUGCGAAAGCGCAAAUAGUAAAAAGGAAUAACUGUAUGAAGGAGGAGUGUUGCCCAUUCUUUUUGCAGAGUCUGUAACUCAGAACCUUCUAUAAUGUAACUGCAUGGAAUGAUGCACAGUCAAUCAGGUUGCUCAGGUUAGUUACACAUUUCAUUGUUAAGAUCUGCUAAUUGCCAAAAUGAUAUUGAUGUUUGUACAGGUAUACAUAGCUGAUAAAGUAAUAUGAUAUAUAUGCCAAUCUUCAUUUUAAUUACUUGUCCUUAAAAGAAAUUCCCACAAAUUGUAUUUAUGAUUACAUGCAAUGUUUCUGUUAAUUUAUGUCAUGGUGUAAUUAUGUUGUGCUGCUUCUAUUUGGAUAGAACCUUUAGAAAUUUAAUGUAAAUGAUCCAGGUAUUAGAGUUAUGUUUUCUGUCUCAGUGAAGUUAUGAUGCUUAUUUAUUUGGUAUUAGAUAUGCUUAUAUUUUUUUCCCUAAAAUAUCCUUCUGUCACAGGAUAAUAUUGAAAAUGUAGUUAUCUCCAGCACAUAUUCAGAUAUUGUGUUUAUUUUUUACUGUUACAAAACAUCACAGAUUGGAAAAAGCAUUCAGCAGCUCUAACUUUAAGGAAAGUCGCUUGGAGAAGCAAAUAGUACCACAGAUAUCUUUUGUGUACAAUCAGGCUUAUAUGUAAGAAAACAUUAAGUUUUUGGAAUAAAAUUAGUUAAUUUAAAAACUGGAUAUGAAAUAAAGUACUAAUAUUC